GUUCCAAAGGCGCACAGAUUGGCCCAGUCGUUUUAUUCGUCUACCUGUUUACCAUUUGCUAUUCCUUGGGCGAAGGACCUGUCGCAUUCCAGUACUCUGCAGAGGUGUUCCCCACGAUUCAGCGUGAGCAGGGAAUGGCCUGGGCUGUGUGCAUUAACAACACCUUUGCUGGUAUCCUGAGUUUGACAUUCCCUCGGAUGCGGACCGUCAUGACCCCAACGGGAGCUUUCGGAUUCUACGCCGGUCUCAACCUGAUUGCCUGGUUCAUGAUCUUCUGUUUCGUGAGAGAAACAAAACAGCUCACCCUGGAAGAGCUGGACCAGGUCUUCUCCGUACCCACCAAGCAGUUCAUCGGCUACGAGCUCAAGGUCUGGCUGCCUUACUUCAUCAAGCGCCACAUCUUCCGAAGAAACAUCCCCAAGCCACCCCCAAUCAUCGAGAAGGAUUCCUCGUCCGAUUCGAGUGAGGAAUAAGAGGAGGAUAACUAGGAAAAAACGACGACAGGACACGAGGUCUAGAGGAUUUAAACUGUCCGCGUGUGGUGUGGCACCUUGAUGGGUCACACCUCUUUUGUCUCUUUCUCCCCUUUUAUCAAAGUAGCUAAUCGCUAUUCUCAGCCUUGAGAAAUUGUUCUUUGAGCUGCUUACUCUUUUUGAAAAAACCUUGGCCCUCAGAGUGGAGAUGUCCUUCUUGGAGAGGAGUGACAUCUCCCACUUCUAGGACAUCUGCAACUCCACGAUCGCUAAGAGUUAUUAUCUGAAGAAUCAUGAUUACGGAGUAUUUGAAAUAAAGAUAUCCCACCAGCCGCCAUUUGAGCGUCACUUGACAUCAAGAUCAUGACAAAUAA